AUGGCAGCGGUGAUGCUACACUCUUUGUCUUUCAUCGACCGGGACGAAGGCGAAACGGCUGCUGCAGAGGUCUACCGUCAGGCUGAGCGCUUGGUGAACUCUCUCGGAGGAUGGAGCGGAUGGCGUGUGAAUCUGACCUGGCACGAAUUUGCGCCGAAGCUUUUGGGGUUGGAACCUUUGCCGGAUGCCCAACUCUGUGCUGCAGAGCAGCGUCCAAGAUUCUAUGUCUAUGACACCGGUGACUACGCACGACCACUCUUGAGCUGUGCCUCGGGUAUGGAAGGUUCCGAGGUGAUGCUUCACCGAUUUCUGCUCCGAAGUCGGUGCAGAACCAGAGACCCAGCCGAAGCAGACUUCUUCUACGUGCCCUUCUAUUCCUUCUGCUUUCAGAACCUGCACAUCAAGCCCGGCACCGAGACCGAGGAGCUGGACAAACACAACAUAGCUGUCGUCAACUCCCUGGAGUACUUCGAUGUAUACCGAAGAAGGCAGCACAUUUUCCACUUUGCCCACGAGUUCUGGGACUUUCCAUCCUGGGAGUCGUACGUGGCAAGAGCAAAGAUCUUCGCAGUGGAAGCGAACCCAUUGAUCGAUGUUGUGAACUACCGGCACUGUGUUUCGUGCUUCGACGCCUGGAAGGAUGUGGUUGUGCCGGGCCACACAGAUGCCUGGGCCAUGCGAAAGCUUCGUGAGAAAGGUAAGCCCAGCACCGAACGCCGCUUCCGCUUUUGCUUCCAUGGUGCUAUGCGACACGAUCUCUAUGAGAGGACACAUGCUGAAGGCAAGCCGUUCAACGGUAGCCGAGCCGCGGACACCCGUCGACAGAUUCAAGCCUUCGCCGGCGAGUCAGAUGCAAGCAUCGGGCCUCACAUUACUCCGCUUCUGGACUACUACGGCCGCGUGGGAGACUGCAUGUUCUGCCUGGUGCCGAAAGGUGUCGGCUACACCAAUGGACGCCUUUUUGAGGCCUUCUUCGCAGGUUGCAUUCCUGUGAUUCUCUCGGAUGCUAUGUUGGUGCCCUUCCAAGCGUCCGGCACUCUGCUCUCAAGAGCUCAAGGCCUCUUCGGCGGUGGGUACCAGUCAAACUCGAACGACUGCGGCGCGGUGCAGCUUCUAGGUCCGUGUUCCCAGUUUGGCGGCAUCAAGAGCAACUGCAAGGGAGAGGCUGCCAACCUGGCAGGGAAGGCACGGUCGGCCGUGCUGGCCGGCGAGCGGCUCUUGACCGUUGCGGUGCUCAAGGCAAGUGCGGCGACGAGCAACGAGAGACAGAGAAAGAGAGAGGGAUGCAUUUUUGCGCGGGGGCAGUGCCUGGGUGCUGUCCUUCCUUCGGUCCACUGGAUCGCCAGGGACUGA